AUGUCUACGAAGACCUCGGACUCGGCUCCCUCCUCCCAGGCAGAUCUUGAAGUCGGAAAAGAUGAAUCGGAUCAAUUGCCAAUCUACCGCCAUGACGGACGCCGCCUCGGAGUUGCUUUCGACGACAUUACAGUGGAAGGACAUGCAGGAAGUCAAAGGACGGUCAUGGACUUGCCGGAAAUCUUGAUACAAAUCCUCCGAGCUCCCCUUGAUAUGGUCGACCAAGCGAUUCGAAAAAGAACAAAGCCUCGACGCAAUCUUGUCCAAGGAGUUUCAGGGGUGGCCCUUCCUGGCGAGACUAUGCUCGUCCUUGGGCGACCUGGUUCGGGGUGCACCACCGUGCUCAAGGUCAUUGCAAACAACCGAGAAUCAUUCGAGGGAGUCACCGGGGAUGUCAACUAUGGCGGGAUUGGUGCACAAGAGAUGAAAGACGAACUUAAAUCUGAAGUUGUCUACAGCUCUGAGGACGACGUGCAUUUUCCAACCCUCCCUGUCCAAGACACACUCGACUUCGGUCUGAGCCUCCGAAAGCCUGCCAAUAGCUCGAAGAAGGAUUCUCAAUUCUCACUGGAGUUGAGUGACAAGCUCCUGAAUGCCUUGGGAAUCGCUCACACCAAGGGCACCAUUGUGGGUGAUUCUUUCACCCGAGGUGUGUCGGGUGGCGAGCGUCGCCGAGUCUCUCUUGCUGAAGCGAUGUCCGUGAAUUCUACCCUCGUCAGCUGGGACAAUCCAAUCCGUGGUCUUGAUAGCUCUUCCGCUCUAGACUUCCUACGAUUGCUCAAGCGCAUGUCUCGAGCAUCGGGAAUGACCAACGUGGUAACACUUUACCAAGCAUCGGAGAGUAUGUACCGGGAGUGCUUUGAUCGCACUAUUGUGAUGUAUGAAGGAAGGAUGAUCUUCAGCGGAAAGGUGGGAGAUGCAAAGCGAUACUUUGAAGACCUGGGCUUCUAUUGCUCAGACCGACAGACCACUCCUGACUUCCUCACGUCCGUCACCUCCCCCGAAGAACGAACGAUUCGCGAGGACUACCAUGGACCCUUGUACCUGGAUCCAGAUUCACUUGCCACCGCUUAUCUUCAGAGUCCUCAUUAUGCACUGCUUCAGAAGGAACUAUCCGAGUAUUCCUACGCCGCGAAGGAAAGCCCCAGUAUCCAAGAGGAAUUUCGCACCGAGGUGGCUCGAAUCCGGUCCCCAAUGGCUUUGAAGCAUGCAGUUGAGCCUGCCCCAAUGUUCAAGCAGAUCUUCGUGGGGACAAAACGAUACUACCGAUUGUUUUGGGGUGAUAUCUCAACUUUCAUCAUAAUCUUGGCGCUUUGCUGCACCAACGCCGUGAUCGCAGGCUCCGGCUUCUAUGCAGCUCCCAAAACAGCCUCCGGUUCAUUCGAGAGGAGUGGUGCCUUGUUCUUUACUGUGGCAUAUUUUUGCCUGAAUGCAUUGACUGAAGUGGUGAAGACCGUCAACGCUCGCGCGGUCUUACUCAAACAGCAUAACAUGGGAUUUAUCAACCCUGCUGCAUAUUCCAUCAUCCAGACCAUCGCAGACAUGCCAUCAGUCCUGAUCCAAGCUUUGGUUUUUUCUUGUUGCUACUACUUCGUGAUUGGACUUGGCCAUAGUGCUUCGCAAUUUUUCAUUUACGUUUUGAUUACCUUUGUUCACUUCUCCGCUAUAUCAACCAUGUUCCGAAUGCUGGGCGCAUGGGCGCCGAGUCUAAACAUUUCCUAUCUGCUGGCUGGUUGCGCACUCCCAUUUGCCUGUCUGUACUCUGGCUACGCGCCCCCGGUUCCGACAAUGCAUCGCUGGGGCUCUUGGAUUCGUCGCAUCUCGCCAACUCCAUACGCAAUGGAAGCACUGAUUGGCAAUGAGUUCUACAAUAUUCAACUACACUGCACUGAGUCACAGUUGAUUCCCUCCGGGCCCGGUUACAGCGACAUCAACCAUCAAGCAUGUCCCAUGCAAGGCUCACAUCCUGGUUCGGCGAAUGUGAACGGCGCCGAAUAUGCCCUUGGCAUGUAUGGUUACACUCGUGAUCACCUCUGGCGAAACUUUGGAAUCAUCCUUGCCAUGUGGUUUAUCUACACGGUCCUUGGUGCAGUUGGUCUCACGGUAAUGACCAAGGAUAGUGGCAGUGCGACUGGUCCCGUAUACAAGCGCAAUGCUGUCAUUGCCCAGAAACAGACACCAUCCGAGAAAAAUGAACCGAAGGUAGCGAAGGAAACUCAGGCACUCGAAAGCAGCCCCAAUAAUCUGGCUUUAGACUCGAUAGAGGCCACAAGCAAGGAGGCCCCGAUGCCCCAUCAGGACCGAGCCUCCUUCACCUUCGACAAACUCAGCUAUUUUGUCAACACCAGCAACGGAGAGAGACAGCUCCUCAAUGAGGUUUCGGGGUACGUCAAGCCAGGACAGUUGACUGCGUUGAUGGGUGCUUCUGGUGCAGGUAAAACAACGUUGUUGGACAAUCUAUCCCGGCGAAAGGAUGACGGACGCAUGACUGGUGACAUUUUGUUGGGAGGGGCUCAUCUGAGUUCCUCUUUCUCUCGCUCAUGCGGAUUCUGCAUGCAACAGGAUAUUCACGAACCGACUACGACAGUACGCGAGGCACUUCAAUUCAGCGCUCUGAUGCGCCAAUCGGGUCGCGUGCCUCGGGAAGAGAAACUCGCAUACGUUGAACACAUCAUUUCUCUCCUGGAGCUGGAGAAGAUUGCCGACGCACUUGUUGGAAGUACUGGGGAUGGUCAGCUCAAUGUGGAGGAACGGAAAAGAGUGACAAUUGGGGUCGAGUUGGCUGCAAAGCCCUCUGCGCUGCUCUUCCUUGAUGAGCCUACAUCGGGACUUGACAGUCAAGCAGCAUUCUCGAUUGUCUCUUUCCUUCGCAAGAUUGCCGCCGAAGGCGUGCCGAUUGUUUGCACCAUCCAUCAGCCAUCCGGAGUCCUAUUUGAAAUGUUUGAUCACGUCUUGCUGCUUGCACCCGGAGGACACACUGUGUAUUUUGGAGAAACCGGCACAAACGCAUCGACGGUUGCGCAGUACUUUGGAAAGAAUGGUGCGGUGAUGGGGGUAGAGGAAAACCCGGCCGAAUUCAUCAUCUCUGCAGUCAACGAUAAGGGACCGAACAGCAGAAACUGGGCAGAUGUCUGGAACCAGUCGUCAGAGAAACAGACCCUCCAAGCCAAAAUCCAGGCACUGAACUCCGCCCCCUUCGCUCCGGCCACAGAAUCCGACACCGAGGACCAAAAUGGCGAGUAUGCACUCUCUCUCCCUGCGCAGAUUGCUAUUGUCACCCACCGUCACUGGAGGGCUGUCUGGCGCAACGGACAGUACAACUUCAGCCGUCUCUUCAAGUGCAUCUUCUUCGAGAUGUUUGUGUCUUUCACAUUCUUCCACAUCACAAACAGCAGCGUUGGACUUCAGAACUACAUGCUCGGUAUUCUACUGUCGAGUUGGGCCAUUCCAAUUAUUGCUGCCGACGUGCAUGCUGUCUGGUAUGAGAAAUGGUCGAUUUUCGAGGCUCGCGAGCGAAACGGAAUCUACGACUACAAGGCACUGCUCUCUGCUUUGAUUAUUGUGGAGAUCCCCUGCAUGAUCUUCCUCUUCUCUAUGAACUUCAUCGUCUCAUACUGGACUUUCGGAUUUUCCAGCACUGCGUCCAUUGCUGGCUUCAUAUAUUUCAUGCACAUUCUUAUCGGUGUAUUCGGUCUCGGUGUCAUGUAUCUCAUGGCUUCUUUAUUCCCCAACGGAAUUAUGGCCGGUUACGCCAUGUCCCUGUUCUGGGUGACAUUGCUCAUGUUUUCUGGUGCCGCUAAUCCGCGUAGCGCACUGAACUCUUUCUACCACACUUGGCUAUAUUGGGCAGAUCCUUUGACUUACUACUUUGAGUCCUCCGUCGCCACUGUUCUCCAUGGGGUUGAGGUCCAAUGCACCCCCGACGAGCUGGCCGUCUUUGAUCCGCCAUCCGGACAGACCUGCCAGAAAUAUUUGGCACGGUACCUUGAUACGAGCUCGGGCUACUUGGUAAACCCAAGUGCCACUCAAAAUUGCCAAACAUGUCCGUAUACGGUAGGAGACGACUUUGCAGAGGGGUUAGGUUUCAUUUAUGCUAAUCGCUGGCGGGACUGGGCUGUGUUCUUGGGCUUCUGCUUGACGAACUUCUUAUUGUGCUUCGUUGUUACAUGGCUCUUCAGAGUGAAACUCCGCCAGUGGAAGAAAUAG